AUGGCUUUUGUUGCUGAUGGAAACACAUUCGACUUCAUCGUCGUCGGCGGUGGUACAGCCGGCAAUGCUGUUGCUGGUCGUCUAGCCGAGAACCCACAUGUCCGCGUCCUCGUUGUUGAGGCCGGUAUCCCCAACCCCGAUCAAAUUGAGGAAAUUACCACGCCAUCAAAAGCCUUUACUCUAAGGGGCAGCAAAUAUGACUGGGCUUACAAGACGACCAUGAUCAAGCGCGACGACUACGAACGAAUUGAGAAGCCUAACACCCGUGGCAAGACACUUGGUGGAAGUUCAUGUGCUAAUUACUUCACAUGGAUCCCUGGUUCAAAGCCUACCUUUGAUGACUGGGAGCAGUUCGGUGGAUCUGACUGGACCUGGGACAAUUGCGUUGAAUAUCUUCGCAAGUGUGCCACCUACCAUGACGACGAGAAGCUUUACUCUUCCGACCUCAAGAAGAUCGGGACGGGCGGCCCCGUCAAUAUCUCCCAUGCGGACCUGGUCCCUGAGAUGAAGCGCUUCCGUGAUGCUCUCACCCAGGCUUGGCUUGAUAAAGGUGGUGUGUUGACUGAAGACAUCUACUCUGGUGAGAUGCGGGGUCUAACACACUGUGUCGACACUAUCUACAAGGGCGAGCGCCAAGGUAGCUUUCUAUACCUCAAGGAUAAACCCAAUGUCACCAUCUUAUAUGGUGUCAACUCCAAGAAGUUGAUCAUUGACCCCGUAACCAAAGUCUGCUCUGGUGUUACCGUCAUCAGCGAAGCCCACGGUACCGAAAUCAGCGUCUAUGCAAGCCGCGAAGUCAUUGUCUCUCAAGGUGUCUUUGAAACCCCCAAGCUGCUAUUGCUUAGUGGUAUUGGGCCCGCAUCUGAACUUUCCAAGCAUGGUAUUGAACCCGUUAUUGUUUCUCCACAUGUUGGACAACACUUGUUGGAUCACCCCAUUGUCCCUUUUGUCCUUCAGCUCAAGGAUGGAUAUGGUCUCGAUGACCACAUCCUCCGCCCAGGUCCUCUCAACGAUGCUGCCGUAUCGACUUAUAAAAGGGACAAGACUGGACCUGCUAGCUCUGGGUUCUUGGAACUUGUCGGUUUCCCCCGUAUUGAUGAACGCCUGAACAAGUACGCCGAGUACCGUGAGGCCAAAGUGGCCAAUGGUGGGCUAGACCCCUUUGGACCUGCUGGUCAGCCUCAUUUUGAGAUUGACUUUGUCGGUCUCUGGAGCAGCGCCUUCCAAUGGCACUUCCCUAUGCCUGAAAAGGGAAGUUACAUGACCGUCAUUGUGGAUUUGCUUCGUCCUCUGUCAGAAGGUCAAGUUACGCUUAAUAGCACCAAUGCUCUUAGCCAGCCCAACGUCAACCUCAACUUUUUUGGUAACGAUCUGGAUAUCUUGGCCAUGCGUGAAGGUGUCAGAUGGACCUACGACGUCUUGACACAGGGUGCUGGCUUCAAGGAUAUUGUCGUCUCUGAAUACCCAUGGAGGAUGCCACUUGAUUCUGAUGACGACAUGAAGCGUGCUGUCUUGGAUCGCAGCCAGACUGGUUUCCAUCCUUGCGGUACUGCGCGUCUCUCCAAGAACAUCCAGCAGGGUGUUGUCGAUCCCAAGCUACGUGUCCACGGAAUCAAGAACCUCCGUAUCGCCGAUGCAUCCAUUAUCCCUGUUAUUCCUGACUGCCGUAUACAGAAUUCCGUCUACAUGAUUGGAGAGAAGGCUGCCGAUAUAAUCAAAGCUGAGCACACGGACCUUUUCGCUUCCAAAAAUGUGCCUUACUUCGUUUCUACAAGCAAGCUAUAG